AAAAAUAAAUAAAAAUUUCGCAUUUACGGUUUCUUCUUCGCAAAACCCGUUGAAGCCAAUAAUUCCCUCUGCUUCGACGUGCGAGAUGGGUAAAGGAGAGGCUUCAAGGAUGGAGGUCGAUCGUGAAGGAAAGCAUAGAAAGCUCAGAAAAGUUGAAGGUUCAGAUGGUCAAAUGUUCCCGCGCAGCUACCAGCUGGAAGCGCUGGAGAAGUCUAAGAAGGAGAAUACGAUAGUGUUCUUGGAUACAGGGUCGGGGAAGACCCUCAUUGCUGUGAUGCUGCUACGAUCCUAUGCACAUUGCAUCAGAAAACCAUCGAGAUACAUCGCUGUCUUUUUGGUGCCGACUGUAGUCUUGGUUCAGCAACAAGCAGAGGUGUUGGAGAUGCAUACUGACUUGAAAGUGGGCAAAUUCUGGGGUGAGAUGGGGGUGGAUUUCUGGAAUGUCGAUACGUGGGUUGAGAAGUUGGAGACGUUUGAGGUCUUUGUUAUGACACCUCAAAUUUUACUCAACAACCUCCGACAUUCUUUUGUUAAACUGGACCAAAUAAAGCUGUUAAUAUUUGAUGAAUGCCACCAUGCAAGAGGAAAAGACCCCUAUGCAUGUAUUAUGACGGAGUUUUAUCAUGAGCACCUACGGUUAAAUUCAGUUAAUGUUCCUAGAAUAUUUGGAAUGACCGCAUCACUUACUAAUACAAAAGGUUCAAGCUCCCCAGCUGUUUUUCGCAAACAAAUAAGUGAUCUUGAGAAUCUUAUGCAUUCAAAGGUCUAUACUGUUACAAAUGAAUCAGUCUUAGCAGAAUACAUAUCAUUUCCUAAUGCAAGGAUAAAGCUAUAUGAUCAUCUGGACAUUUCAGAUGAGUCAAGCCAUAUCCUUGGCCAUCUACAAGCCUUAAAAGUUAAGCAUGUAGAAUCUCUGCGUGAUUUGAAGUUUGAUACUCUGACUAUUCACAAGUCAUUUAAGAAGAUCUCAAAGCUUUGUGAUGCCUUCUUAUUUUGCUUGAAGGAGUUGGGUCUAUGGUUGACGAUGAAGGCUGCUGAAUCUUUAUCAAAUGAAGUCCAUGCCGAAUUUUUUUGGGGUCAGAGCAACGAUAAGAUUGGCCAACAAAUUUUAAGAAAGUUCAGUCAUGAUUCUUUUAAUUUUUUGUCAAAAAAUGUUCCUGCAGAAUGGUACGUUGGUGAUGAUUUAAAAGCAGAUAUAGAGGCGGGAUAUUUAACAAGCAAAGUUUCUUGUCUUGUUCGAUCUCUUUCCGAGUAUAGGGAUGAUGCACAGACGCUUUUACAAGUACAAAGAUUUCUUAAAAGCGGAGAUAUUAUGCGAGAGGAAGCUCUAAGUCUUGCCACUCUUCCUUGUUCAUCUCUCCAGGACAUUGAAAAUAACUCAUACCGUGUUGAAACUACAGGCUCUGUUGUUAAUGUGAACUCCAGCGUAGCGCUGAUAUACUUCUAUUGUUCAAGGCUCCCUUCUGAUGGAUAUUUCAAGCCACAUCCUCGAUUCGAAAUUGAUGAGGAAUCAAACAUUUGCACUUUGCUUCUCCCUAAGAGCAGUCCUCUGAAAUCUGUUCGAGUUGAGGGUUCAUGUAGCAUGAUAAAGCAAAUUGCAUGUCUAGAAGCUUGCAAGAAGCUGCAUCAGAUUGGUGCUUUAUCUGAUCAUCUUGUACCUGUGCUUGAUGAGGCUAUGGAAGAUCUUAACAAUGGAGGAUAUGAAACAGGCGUAUUUGAAGAAGAUAACUAUUUUCCAGCCGAGCUAGUCAGUUCAUGGUCAUCAUUUUGUAGCGUUGGACUAUAUCAUUGCUACAAGAUUUCUAUGAGUUCAGUUGACUUAGAAAAUUUCAAGGGAGAAAUAUUACUUGUUGUAAAGUGUGAUCUAGGAUCUGAUUUUUGUUCUAAUUCAUUUAAUUUUGAGACUUCUCAAGGUUCUGUCAUAGUAGAAGUUGAUUAUUUUGGCUCUAUCCAUCUUGAUCGUGAUCAGGUGGUUAGAGCUCGAAGGUUUCAGGUCUCUGUUCUCAGUCUUUUGAUUGAUCAAGAUUAUGAUAAAUUCUUGAAUGCACUUCAUGUAUGCAUGGAGAAUGCUUUUGAAGCAGUUGUUUAUUUACUCAUUCCUUCGGUCCUUGGAGGUAUUGACUGGGGCUGUGUGAAUUCACCUACUUUCUUUGUGGAGAAUGGAAUGCAGCAUCCCAAGCGCUGCUGUUGUAAGAAAAGUGUGACUCAGUUGAUACAGAUUAAGAAUAGCUGCAUUUGCCGUUGUAUGUUGCAUCAUUCUGUUGUUUAUACACCUCACAAUGAACGCAUUUAUUGCGUCACCGGUAUUCUGGAUGAAAUGGAUAUGAAUUCAUCUUUUAAGUUGAGAAAUGGACAGAUCACUACAUAUAGCAAAUACUUCCUCACUCGCCAUGGUAUCAGACUGAAAACUCGAGGGGGGCCUUUGCUUGCUGCCCGAAGGCUUCAGAACGUGCAAAAUUUUCUUCUCAGGCGCACCAACUGUACAGAAAAAGCAUCGGGCCACAGAUUUGUUGAAUUGCCAGCAGAAAUCUGUGUAGUUUUGAUGUCACCUAUCUCUAUAAAUACUCUAAAGACGUUUGCCUUUAUUCCUUCAGUCAUGCACCGAUUUCAGUGCAUGCUUCUUGCAGCAAGAUUAAAGAACAGACAGUUGAAACAUUGCACGGAAUAUGCAGCAAUUAGUCCAUUGAAG